ACUCCAUCGUCUCUCUCUCUCUCUCUUUAUCUAUUUGCUUGAAUCGUUUUCAUGGUGGUGAAAUUCAUGAGAGCUUAGCUAGUAAAUUUUUGUCUCGUAACAUUAUUAUAAUGUUCUUGUUCCUCUGGCUGUUUGUGAUAAAUUAUUAAAUAAUACAUAUGUAUGUAUGGAUGUAUCUAUCGGUCGUUCUUAUUGGUUUAUCUAUCGUAGAAUCGCUGGGAAAAUUCCUUAAUUGUUCUCAUGAAAUUGUUUUUUAAGAAAUCUUCAGUCAAACUUGGUUUCUUCUUCUUCUUCUUCUUGUUCUAAUUUCAGUAUUCAUCUGAAGGAUUUUGAGAUGGUAUUUUGAAGUUUGAGACAAAUUUUGAGCAAUCUCUCGGGUCUUGUUUGCUAAGUGGAUUUCGCUCUUUUUGUUCGUUUGUUGUUGUUGCUGUCAGAUCCAAAAAUUAAGAGGCUGUAAAGGCUUUGACUCAGUGAUUUGACAAAAGGGAAGAAGAUAACGAAAGGUUGGGAGAAAAAAGGUCCAUCAAGUGAUUGGAUUUUGAGAUGAUAGGUAUCUACUUGGUCACUUUUGCUUUACCAGCACCAAAUUAUUAGUUUAUUAUUGGGAGAUUUUGGGAUCUUGGAGUUGAAUCCUUUGGGGAAUCAGAAUCGUCUUGGUGUGGUGGGUUUGUGUACUGUGCUCUAAAGUUUCUUGUGAUUCAUUGGAGAGAAGGUCUUGUCAUCUCGGUGGGUUUUGUUUUCAUCUGCAAGGUCUUACUGGAAUGACUAUUCGAGGAGACAGUCUUUGGUUCUUGUCUUGAUUCAAACUUGGUGGGGGCAGCUAAAUAAUGCAAAGCUAAAAUCGUGGUAUCUUCCAGAAUCUUGUGAGCCUAUCUCUCUCCAAGAAAGUACAAUUUCUCUGAGCAUCGUGUUAUAAAGAGAAACAAAAAGAGGGUCAAGAAAAUUUCUUGCAUUCUCUUCUCUUCUCUUCUAUCUUCUCUUCGUUCUCUCUCUCUCUGGAAUUGCAUUCUUAAAUGAGUCGAGUACAGAAGCGAGGGAAGCAGGAAAAGCCUGUGUCUGAUGGGGCUGAAAAGGUUAUCGUGGCUGUUAAAGCGUCUAGGGAGAUUCCAAAGACAGCCUUGAUUUGGGCUUUGACUCAUGUUGUUCAGCCUGGGGAUUGCAUAACGCUGAUUGUUGUUGUCCCUUCUCAGAAUUCCGGAAGAAAACUUUGGGGUUUCACUAAAAGCUUUCCUAUGUUUGCUGGGGAUUGUGCAAGUGGUCAUCGGAAAUCACAUUCUGAAGCACUACCAGAGAUCAAGAGUGAUCUCACUGACACUUGUUCCCAAAUGAUUCUCCAGCUUCAUGAUGUUUAUGAUCCGAAUAAGAUAAAUGUCAAGAUUAAGAUUGUUUCUGGAUCACCCUGCGGAGCAGUUGCUGCUGAGUCGAAGAAAGCGCAAGCAAAUUGGGUAGUACUGGACAAACACCUCAAGCACGAAGAGAAACGGUGUAUGGAUGAAUUGCAGUGUAACAUUGUGGUGAUGAAGCGUUCUCAGGCAAAAGUUCUGCGCUUGAAUUUGGUUGGAUCACCGAAGAAGGAUACUGAAAAGGAGUCUCUUUUACCAACUGGACAAGAAGCAGCAUCUGAACAACACACAAAGAACACAAAAGGAUCAUUAGAUUCUGAUAGAGGACUACCUGUAACUCCUACUAGCAGCCCUGAGCUGGGGACACCAUUCACAAGUACAGAAGCUGGGACUUCGUCAGUGUCGAGCUCUGACCCGGGAACUUCACCGUUUUUCACUUUGGGGAUGAGUGGAUACAUGAAGAAGGAUGGGGCAUUGGUCAUCAAGGAGAAUGAUGAUUCCGGCUCUGAAACAGAGAGCGAAAAUCAAUCACUAGCGUCGACUAGUAUGAGAUUCCAGCCAUGGAUAUCAGAAUAUAUUGGCACCCAUCGCCAUUCAUCGCAGGAGUCCGAGGAAAGCUUAUGGAAAAAUGAUGAUAGGGCUCAAAUAUCCACUACAAAGGCUUUGCUAGAGAAGUUCUCUAAACUGGAUGUAGAAGCUGGGUUGUCAUCUAGUCGAAGAAUUGAUCUGGAGUUUAGUGGAAACGUAAGAGAUGCAAUAUCGCUCUCUCGAAAUGCUCCUCCUGGCCCGCCUCCUCUCUGUUCUAUCUGCCAGCACAAGGCGCCAGUAUUUGGGAAACCUCCAAGGCUGUUUUCAUACGCCGAGUUAGAGCUUGCAACUGGUGGGUUUUCACAGGCUAACUUUUUGGCUGAGGGUGGAUAUGGAUCUGUUCAUCGGGGUGUACUACCGGAAGGCCAGGUAGUUGCAGUGAAGCAACACAAACUGGCCAGUUCUCAAGGAGAUGUAGAGUUUUGCUCCGAAGUGGAAGUUCUCAGCUGUGCUCAGCACAGAAACGUAGUUAUGCUAAUUGGUUUCUGCAUUGAAGACAGCAGACGGCUCUUGGUCUAUGAAUACAUAUGCAAUGGUUCACUUGACUCCCAUUUAUACGGUCGCCAAAGGGAAACACUGGAAUGGCCAGCACGGCAAAAGAUUGCUGUUGGAGCUGCAAGAGGUCUUCGGUAUCUUCACGAAGAGUGCAGAGUUGGCUGUAUUGUCCACAGAGACAUGCGUCCUAACAACAUCCUCAUCACUCAUGAUAAUGAGCCUCUGGUUGGAGAUUUUGGCCUAGCGAGAUGGCAGCCUGAUGGGGAACUGGGUGUAGAAACACGAGUGAUAGGAACGUUCGGAUAUUUAGCUCCAGAAUAUGCUCAAAGCGGGCAGAUCACAGAAAAAGCGGAUGUCUACUCGUUCGGGGUUGUUCUAGUUGAGCUAGUAACUGGCCGCAAAGCCAUUGAUAUCUCCAGGCCGAAAGGCCAGCAAUGCCUCACUGAAUGGGCACGUCCGCUACUGGAAGAAUAUGCGGUAGAAGAACUUGUAGAUCCGAGGCUUGGGAACCGUUAUGUAGAGAGUGAGGUCAUUUGUAUGCUUCAUGCAGCUUCGUUGUGCAUACGUAGAGAUCCACAUUUGAGGCCACGCAUGUCUCAGGUGUUGCGUAUACUGGAAGGAGAUAUGAUAAUGGAUGGGAACUACGGAUCAACUCCGGGUUCAGAGACAGGCAACAGAAGCGGGCGGUUCUGGGCUGAUCAUUACAGUGGUCAGCUAACCAAUGAUGGGUCGGAUAGGUUCAGUGAAAGGCUGUCAACUGAAACGCCAAGACUAGCUCUACGGGAGAGGGAAAGAGGUCAGAGAUUGGAACUAAGCCACAUUAAGCAUUACUAAGAUUAAGAAAAUCAUAACUGUCUUAUGAAAAAGUGUAGUUGAUAGGGUAUUAAGUAAAGUCCCCUGUUUUAAGUAAUGUGGUUCAAAGCUGACAAGAAAGCUUUUUUGACCUUUUUUGGUUGUAUAGUGGGUAAGAUGCUAAAAUAUGAUAUUAAGGGAUUUUAAAA